AUGUGUCGAAGCUGUUUCAAUCCUUCCGUUCAGGUCACAGUUGAUCACAAAAUUGAAAUUAAGGAAAAUGAUGUACCUCAGUUGAAAUUUGGGGAGGUUUUAAUCCAUCCAAGAGCCACUGGUAUCUGUGGUAGUGAUAUACACCUAUGGAAGCAUGGUCAAAUUGGCGAGCUUAAGGUUCUAGGAAAUCUUGUCUUAGGGCAUGAGGCCUCUGGUGAUAUUAUUGAUGUUGCUGAAGAUGUCACUAAUGUGAAAAUCGGUGACAAGGUUGCAAUCGAACCACAAAUUCCUUGUAAUACUUGUUUUCUAUGUCGUCAAGGCGACUAUAACUUGUGUCAAGAUGUUAAAUUCAUUGGUGUGUACCCUAAUUCAGGAUCUAUGCAGCGUUAUUUGGUUCAUGAUGCUAGAUAUGUUUUUAAAUUACCAGAGAACAUGACAUAUACACAAGGUGCAUUAGUUGAACCGUUAUCUGUCGCUUAUCAUGGUGUGGAAAGAGCUGAUCUUAAAUUAGGCCACGGUGUCAUGAUUGCAGGAGCUGGACCAAUUGGUCUCGCGACGUUACUGUUGGUGAAUGCUGCUGGUUGUGCACCUAUUGUAAUUACAGACUUGAGUGAAGGUCGUUUGAAAUUUGCUAAAGAGUUAGUUCCUAACGUUAUUGCUCAUAAAAUUGAUGUUAAACUAACACCCCAAGAAACAGGGAUACAAAUUAGAAAAUUGUUUGGUCCCAAGGAAGAUGAUGCUCCUUCAAGAGUCUUGGAAUGUACUGGUGUUGAGAGCAGUGUUGUUACAUGUUCUUAUACCGUCAGAAGAUCAGGUAUUUUAAUGAUUAUCGGCGUUGGUAAAGAGGUUUUCAACAAUUUCCCAUUUAUGCAAUUAUCAUUCGCAGAAAUAGAUGUUAAAUUUAGUAAUAGAUAUCAUGAUUCUUGGCCAACUAUCAUAAAUAUGAUAUCAAGUGGUCUCUUACAGGUUGAUAAGUUAAUUACUCAUAGAUUUCCAUUGGAGAGGGCAGAUGAAGCUAUUGAGCUCGCAGGUGAUCCUAGAAAGGGUAGUAUUAAAGUGAUAGUUGAGGACCGAAAUGGGACUCUUUAA